GUCACGUUCAAACAGUUGCUUGUGUGCCUUACUUUCCAUCUCCACUCAAAAACUUAAUAAUGCCUGCAACGCCAAGAACCCUCAGCGUUUAUGGGGGAGCCGGUGGCCGAGGAACCCACAUCUCCUCCUCUUCUUCUAGGGUCCUUUAUUCUUCUCCAAGAGGUUUCAACCCAUGUGAUGCUGUGGAUGUGACAACUAAUGAGAAAGCAUGCAUGCAGAAUCUGAAUAGUCGUCUAGCUUCAUAUCUUACAACAAUGAAGUUGCUAGAGACUAAAAAUGCCGAGCUGGAGGAAAAGAUCAGAGAGUGGUGUGAGAGUCACACACACUCCACAUCUGACCACGCUCACUACCUGGCUACCAUUAAAGACCUGAAGGAACAGUUUAAUUUAGUUGCCAAAGAAAAUGCCAUGGUCAUCAUGACAGUGGAGAAUGCCGGGCUAGCAGCUGAAGACUUCAAAAUGAAGUAUGAGUAUGAGCUGUUCAUGAGAAAAGAUAUUGAAGCUGAUGUUGCAGGUCUCAGAACGGUUCUCGAUAAAUUGACCUUGGAGCGAUCAGAUUUGGAGUUAAAAUAUGAAGGUCACAAGGAGGACCUUGUUUAUCUGGAGAAAAAACAUGAUGAGGAUUUGGCUGAUGUUAGGAACAAAGCUGUUAAGUUGAAUGUUGAAGUAGAUGCAGCACCCUCUAUGGACCUGCACAAGGCCAUAACAGGCAAACCUGAAGACUUAAAUGCUGCGGCUAAGGAAUAUUUAAAAGAGCUGGAGGAUUGGUAUAAAAAUAGGGGCAAGAAACCGCAAAAGGAAGAGAUCACAAAUGACGAUGAGCUUCAGAACAGCAUAAAACAUCUGAGAGAAUUGAAGAAUGAGUACCAGCAACUAGAGAUUGAUCUGCAGUUCCAACAAAAAAUGAGGAUAGUCGAUGAGAGUACGCUGGAGGAACGGAAUGCCCAAUAUGGGUCCCAGUUAACUAAUCUUCAGGUCCAUGUCACCAGCCUGGAAGACCAGCUUAGUUUUUUCCGUUCUAAAUAUGCCCAAAAAAAGCAAGAGUAUGAUACACUGCUAAACAUCAAGACCCGACUGGAGCAAGAGAUGGCAGAAUGCAUGAGAAUACAGCAGCUUUUUGGAGAGAAAAGUGACAAACCCAACACAGUGACUGAACCUACUGAUGAUACAAGUGCUGUGAAAAGCAGUGAGAAGGUGGAUGACAUCAACAAAUCUGGCUAA